UCCCCCCUUAUCUUCCCAUCUAACAAGACUAUACCAUUUUCUCCUCCUCCCACCUAUUUAAAUGAGCAUCUCCAAUUCAAAAAGGCAUGUGGAAGUCAAAGUUUGCCAGGUUAUAACACCUAAUAUGCCCAAAUCGGCAACAUUACGCCGACGCAAAUUUAGAAUGGUACUUUUCUUCAUAAAAUUCCAAGUUUUCUUGCAUGCAGAAUACAGUAAAGACAACCCAUUUCUUCAAAGAAACUGUUUAGGAUCUCCCAUUUAUAGGUAGGACAGACAUACAAGGUUUUGUCUUGGAGUACUAUAAAAUCUCUCUUCUUCUUAAUUCCCUUUCUUCAAACCCCUUUAGAAAGAACAUCUCCAUGGCCAUCAUGUCUCCAACCUCCCCUCCACCUCCGCCCAUUCCGACGGUUGGAAAGUCAAAUUCGCUGUCGCUUAGCGUUGAGGUUCGACCCAUGACCAGGUUGAGGAGGAGGCCGGAGAGGCUCAUCGUGCCCGAGUGCGGCCUUUCGUGUUUGGAUAUCGCUGAGAUGAAGAAGCAGAAGAAGACAGAAAGGAACAUGAAUCCUGAGUUUGAGGUAGAAGGGAGAGAUUUUUAUUUGGCAAGCAGAAAGGGAAGAAGGGAGAUCAUGGAAGAUGGGUAUGGAGUUAUGCUUGACAUUCUUGGAGACCCUAAACAGGCGUUUUUCGUUGUGAUUGACGGACAUGGAGGACGAGCUGCAGCAGAUUAUAUUGCUGAAAAUUUAGGAAAGAACAUUAUGAAGGGCCUUGAAACUGUGGGAAAGGAAGAAGAUCAGCUCCAGGCAGCAAUACGUGAUGCCUACUUGACCACAGAUAAAGAAUUCCUUAGUCAGAACGUAGAUAGUGGAGCUUGUUGCGCAAGUGUGCUCUUUAUGCACGGCCAUCUGCUCGUAGCGAAUGUGGGUGAUUGUAGAGUAGUUUUGAGUCAGAAAGGGGUAGCGAAUGUUCUGACAAGGGAUCAUCGCCCCGAUAGAGAAGAUGAACGUUCCCGAAUAGAAAGAUCAGGUGGUUAUGUGGAUUGCCGAAAUGGAGUCUGGAGAGUUAACGGAUCACUUGCGGUAUCUAGAGCCGUUGGGGACUUGCAUUCGAAAGAAUGGAUCAUUUCCGAGCCAGAAAUUUGCAAGUUUCCUUUAACUGCAGACUUGGACUUCUUGAUAAUGGCUUCUGAUGGCCUAUGGGAUAAGGUGAAUGGACAAGAGGCAGUUGAUGUGGUACUAAGGGAGAAGGAUCCACUUGAAUCAUGCAAAAAACUUGUGGAUAUUUCUUGUAAGAGAGGCAAUAUCGACGAUAUAACCGUAAUGGUGAUCACUGUUCAACAAUUUUUGGGUAGCAUCAAGAAAUCACAUAAGAUUGAUCCAUCAUCACCUCCAUACAUGAAAUCGACUUCCUAAGCCGUGGUUGGGUCGAUGUCCCAUAAAGCCGAUCUUCUGUUUUUUUAAAAAUCUUUAUUAACAUUAGAUAACGAGUUUUUGGUGAAAAAUUUAAUUCAUUUUUCUUACUUCCUCUGAUCUACACUAACUAUAAAAGUUUAUUCUCUUUUACUAAGUACAGAUGAAAGAUUCCAAAGAAAAAACCAAAAAAAUUGGCUUUUAAGGACAUCCCCAAACAUAGCCUUACUAGUUUUUUUUUUUUUUUUUUUAAAUCCUAUGAACCAAGAAGAAAAAGUUAUAUAUUUUUUUUUUGGUAAAGAAAAACUUAUAAUUUCUUUUUUUUUUUGGUAAAGAAAAACUUAUAAUUUCUUUUUUUUUUUUUGGUAAAGAAAAACUUAUAUUAAUUUGAAAAACAAGAAAAAAAUAUAUCAAUAGUCUAGUAGUCGAAGUGGAGACCGUCAAGAUGAUUAGAUCUGCAACCCUCAUUGCUUUCUGCAAUUUAGAAUUGUCGUCAAAGCUUGUCAGAUUGUAGCCGGAUUUUCGCCCGAAGACUCGUUGAAGGAUGGCUCCAUCAAAGCAACCACAGCGGUAUAUAGGAAAAUAGCAUUAGAUCGAGUAGAUUGAAGGCCAAGAAAGCCAAUGAUCAUAGAAUGGCCACACAUCUCCAGCUUCAAAACACGAAGACGGUCUAAUUCAUGCAUUGACAUUGAACACAUAUAUAGGGAAUCUAUUUAAUUUCUUCAUUUGAUUCAUUCUCUUCUUAAUAAAGUGAAAGUAGCCAAUAAGUUGUAAGCUGUUUCCAUUAUUGAAUUUCAUUCGUUUUUUUAAUUUUCUGU